CUUCUAAUGAAUAACGCUUUCUUAGUGCCAAAUCGGAAAUCCCUAAGCAGCAUCGAAAAGCUGUUUCCCUCUUUUGGCGCAAUUGAUGCAUGAAAUCUCCAAAUGCCCAACCAUUAAUUUCCCAAACUGACUAACUUUUUUUCUCAAUCCAAGCCCGCUUUGAAAGACUUAUUAAACAUAAUUCUCGCUUGGCAAGUGACACCAAAAUGGAACAAGAAAUCAUCCCAACCAGCAAACGCCGGAAAAUCGAAGAAACAGUCGUGAACAUCCUCAAAAAUGCCGACUUGGAAACGGCCACCGAGUACUCCGUCCGGUCAGCCGCAGCCCACCAGCUGUCCACCGACCUCUCUGACUUGGCCCACAAAUGUCUCGUCAGACAAGCUCUGGAAUCCUUCCUGCUCUCAACAGCUACAACAAUGUUGGAUGAUGUCAACAGCAACAACGCCCGCAAGGUUUCUGUGCCACAAAAGAAUAAAGAUGACCAAGAAUUACCUAGUUGCAGUACUGGGAGAGUUAUUUGCAAAUUAUCAGACAAGAGGAGUGUGGCAGUUCAUGAUUUUAGAGGGAAAUGCUUGGUUUCAAUUCGGGAUUACCUUGAAAAAGAUGGGAAGCAAUUAUUUUCUGGCAAAGGAAUUAGUUUGACAGGUAGGCAAUGGUCAUUAUUCAGGAGUAGCUUCCCUGCCAUAGAGGAAGCGAUUGCAAAGAUGACAUCACAAACAAGGUUAGCAGUUGGUGAAAAGCAGUCAGCUGUAGAUCUCUUGGUGGGUGACAUCACUUCUCAAGAUAUUUUUCCUGAUGAUAAAAACAAAAUGGAAACAGAUAUAUCAAAUUGUGCUGAUGCAGUUGAUCCUCAAAGAGAAGUUGGAGAAAGAAACAGUGUUGCAUUGGGGACAAACAAUUGGAUGGCCAUCCCUAAUGGACGACAAUCAUUACAAACUGAAUUGGUUCAAGUAAAUUCUUUUGGUGUGAUGGACCAUCAAAGCCAGGGAGACGGUGAGUGGAAACAUGAUGGUUUGGAUGUAAAUCACUCAGUGGCCACUCCCAGCUCUCAAGGACAGACAUUGAAUCAGAGAUACCAUCCUCGAGUGGAUUCAGCUGCUACAUCUGCCUUUGCUCCUGGAGGACACAUGCCACAGCAUUCGGUUGCCAGUUUCCCUCAAAGUCUUGUUCCGAUCAUGACCACCCGUUUAGACGGAAAGAAUUACCAUUGUUGGGCGCAUCAGAUGGAGUUCUUCCUUAAGCAAUUGAAGGUUGCACAUGUUCUCAAGGACCCCUGUCCGAGCAUUUCUGCAGAAUCAAUGAGUUUUGAGGAAAAAUAUCAAGCCAAAGCUGCAGUACAGAAAUGGGUUGAUGAUGAGUACAUAUGCCGCCACUACAUUUUGAACUCCCUAUCAGACAAUCUCUUCAAUCAGUACUCAAAGAAAGGUUGCAGUGCUAAAGAGCUUUGGGAAGAACUUGAAUCAGUUUACAACGAGGAUUUUGGAACAAUAAGGUCCCAGGUCAACAAAUAUAUCCAAUUUCAGAUGGUUGAUGGUGUUUCUGUUUUGGAGCAGACUCACGAACUUCAAAGGAUUUUAGCUACUAUCAUGGCUUCAGGAAUCUGGAUGGAUGAAAAUUUUCAUGCUAGCGUCAUAAUCUCAAAACUUCCCCCUUCUUGGAAAGAGUACCGUGCAAAAUUGAUGCAAGAGGAAUUUUUAUCGCUCACUGCAUUGCUGCAUCGUCUGGAGGUCGAAGAGGAGGCGCGUUAUCAGCGUAAUCAAGAAAGUUUUUCAAGAAAUGCUUUCAUGGACUGCUCAAAAGUUCAAAACAAGUCUGGUCUGAGGAAAAAAGAGACGAAGAGGCUAUGCUACUCGUGUGGUAAGGAGGGGCAUAUUUCUAAAUACUGUCCCGAAAAGAAAUUCGAAAGUCAUGGACAGAGCAAUGGAAAGGAAAAUGAAAUUAUCCCAAAUGUUACAGCUGCUAAAGUGGAGGAAAAGUUUCAAGAUUAGUUAACUACCAAUAAAUAUACUCAAGGUUUUAUGGUAAGCCAAUGAAAUUCGUUUUGUUCCAAUGAGGGAACGAAGCAACCAUUAGCCUAAGCACCUAAUUUGGGAUAGGCUGGGUAACAUCCAUGCAAGAAAUUUUGCCAAAACCCCCUGCAUGUGAUUGCGGUGUUAGCCUCCUUGAUUAGAAGAAAAGACAGAAAAGGUAGAGGGUUUCUGGUGGUUUGUGGCAUCUUGCCAUGGCUUUUUGAAAUGAGAUUAUGCAUUGGGUGAUAAGAACACUGCAAAUCAACCAAGUUUCUUUUGCUUCAUGUUUGUCAGGGAUUAGUCAAUCUGCCGAUGACAAGCUUGUUUUGAUGUCUCAGUUUGGCAUAUAACUUGAGGAUAUCUUCAAAUCAGCUUCUAAUUUAGAGUUGUAAUCUAAUGUACUCCCAUAAAAAUCAAAUUCAGUGCCCCAUGUCGAUUCAUAUUUGUGUA